AUCAAGAAUCAGGCUGCUGUUAGCUGCUGCAUUGACAACUGAAAAGCAUCGUGUCAGAUGGACCAAUGCAGCUGCAAUGGAAAUAUUGGGAUAAUCUCCAGUAGCUAUCUGUCUCGGCUACAAAGCUGUCUUCAGAUGUACUCGCACCCCGGAAGUCAUAUUUAAUCUUCAAGGAUCAGAUGGAAAAAGCCAAGGACAAGGUAUGAUUGUUAGCCAGCUAGAUAGCUUUUAAGCUAAUGAAAACCUUGCAGCGUUCACGUCUCCUGGAACAUUCAACUAGCUAGACUGAGGUGUAAAUGUAUGGGCAUCAGAGAGCCCAGUAUGAAGAAGACAGGCAGGCCGGUGGGGACUAAGGCUCAGAGUGGAGAGAGGGGGAAGACUGAAGGCACUGCUACAGGAACCACCGGCAAGGCUGCAGCCAAGACCACAACAGCACCACUGUCAAAGGUUAAAAGCAAUGAUGAUCUGCUAGCAGCAAUGGCAGGGGGCGCUCCAGCUUCGAACCGCACUGUGACCAAGAAUAAGAGGACUGCCUCCACGGGGACCAGCAAUGGUAACCCAGACAGUAAACCAAAGACUAGCACAGGUUCCUCAGCCAAACGUGUGACGUCCUCGACCUCCAAGGAGCCCAACUCAUCAAGGGAUCGUCUGCGGACAUCCAGAACAUCGCCUAGUAAGAAGCAGUCAUCAUCAGGGGCAGGGCAGGGAGAUGUGGCCCAGGGAAAGCGCUCUCGCAGUCAGCAGCUAGCAGAGUCAGAGGGCCGCAUGAACAAGUCUAAAUCAGACAGCCAGAUCAGUGACAAGGUGGCCCUGGAGGCCAAGGUGGAGGACCUGCUGGGUUUGGCCAAGAGCAAAGAUGUGGAGAUCCUGCACCUGCGCAGCGAGCUGAGAGACAUGAGGGCUCAGCUGGGCCUGGGACGGGAAGAGGUGCACCCAGAGGAGGGAGAAGGCGGAAGGGGGGAGGAGAAGCCCCUGGAGAGGGAGGUGUCGGCCAUCACAGCAGCGGAUGUGGAGUCCACGCUGCUCCUCCUGCAGGAGCAGAACCAUGCCAUCCGUGAGGAACUGAACCUGUUGAAGAGUGAGAACCGCAUGCUAAAGGACCGACUCAAUGCACUUGGCUUCUCCCUGGAGCAGAGGCUGGAUGGCUCUGACAAGCUCUUUAACUACACCUCCCUGAGCCCAGACCUGGCAGCCAGCAGCGGACACAGCGAUGGCAGGUGCACUGGUACCCUCACUUCCUCUGUGGAGGGCUCUGCCCCGGGCUCCCUGGAGGACCUGCUGACGGCCCAACAGCACGGUGGUUCAUUGGACAACUUGGACAGUGAGUCCAGCGAGGUCUACCAGGGUGUCACAUCCAGCGACGACGCCCUGGACGCCCCCUCCGGAGCCUCCUCCUCCUCCGAGUCUGAGAGCCUGCCCAGCCGAGAGCGCUCGCGCCGGGGUAGCAGCGGCAACGCCAGCGAGGUGUCUGUGGCCUGCCUGACAGAGCGAAUCCACCAAAUGGAGGAGAACCAGCACAGCACGGCCGAGGAGCUGCAGGCCACACUACAGGAGCUGGCUGACCUGCAGCAGAUCACCCAGGAGCUGAAUGGAGAGAACGAGAGGCUAGGGGAGGAGAAGGUCAUCCUCAUGGACUCCCUGUGCCAGCAGAGCGACAAGCUGGAGCACUACGGCCGGCAGAUUGAGUACUUCCGCUCUCUGCUGGACGACCACCACGUGUCCUACGGCCUGGAGGAGGACAUCAAGAGCGGCCGCUACAUGGAGCUGGAGCAGCGCUACGUGGACCUGGCUGACAACGCCCGCUUCGAGAGGGAGCAGCUGCUGGGAGUGCAGCAGCAUCUCAGCAACACACUGAAGAUGGCUGAGCAGGACAACGCCGAGGCCCAGGAGGUGAUCGGCGCUCUGAAGGAGAGAAACCACCACAUGGAGCGCAUCAUGGAGUCAGAGAGGCAGGACCGGGGGGCCAUGGUGGCAGCACUGGAGGAGUACAAGGCAGCGGUGAGCAGUGACCAGGUAGAGCUGAGCCGCUGCAGGGCCCAGCUGGACCAGGAGAGGCAGAAGGUGGCUGAGCUCUACUCCAUCCACAACUCUGGAGACAAGAGUGACAUCUGCCAGCUGCUGGAAGGUGUUCGGCUGGACAAGGAGGAGGCAGAGGGCAGGGCUGCCAAACUGCAGGAGGACCUGGGCCACGCCUGCAGUGAUGUCACCAGGCUGCAGGACACCCUCAAUAAGCUGGAUGGGGAGUACCAGGACUUCCAGGAGCAGGUGCAGAAGCAGAUGGCUGAGCAGAAGCGUGGGCUGGAGAAACAGCGCGGUGAGCUGCUGGAGAAGGAGACUGAGAUCGGGGACAUGAAGGAGACCAUAUUUGAGCUGGAGGAUGAGGUGGAGCAGCACCGAGCCGUCAAACUCCACGACAACCUCAUCAUCACAGACCUGGAGAACUCUGUGAAAAAGCUACAGGACCAGAAGCAUGACAUGGAGCGGGAGAUGAAGAUUCUCCACCGGAGGCUGAGGGAAGAGUCGGCAGAGUGGCGUCAGUUCCAGGCUGAUCUGCAGACGGCCGUGGUCAUCGCUAAUGACAUCAAGUCGGAAGCACAGGAGGAGAUUGGGGAUAUGCGUCACCGUCUCCGCGAGGCCCAGGAGAAGAACGAGAAGCUGGGCAAGGAGCUGGAGGAAGUCAAGAACCGCAAGCAGGAUGAGGAGAGGGGCAGGGUGUAUAACUACAUGAAUGCAGUGGAGAGGGAUCUGGCUGCACUGAGGCAGGGUAUGGGCCUGAGCCGUCGCUCCUCUACCUCCUCAGAGCCCUCUCCCACCGUCAAAACCCUCAUCAAGAGCUUCGACAAUGCCUCCUCACAAGGUACCCCAACCUGCGAGUGCCUAGUCCCCCCGACCGCUGCCCCUGCUGCUCCCACAGCACCUGCUGCCACAUUACCACGCACUCCCCUGAGCCCCAGCCCCAUGAAGACCCCUCCUGCAGCCGCCAUCACACCCAUACAGAGACACUCCAUAACUGGGUCCAUCUCAGCAGCCAAACCCCUCUCCUCUCUGAAUGACAAAAGGCCCAGCUACACAGACAUCAGCAUGCCAGAGCAUCAUCUUCGGGGUUCCUCUGCCAGCCGCCCUGCCUCUGCUCUCCAGAGGGUCUCAAACAUGGACUCCUCUAAGGCCAUGGCCAUAUCAGUGUCCCGCAGGAGCAGUGAGGAGAUGAAGAGGGACAUCUCUGCCCCUGAGGGUGGCACCUCGUCCUCUCUGAUGGCCAUGGGCUCUGCUUCCUCCCUGUCCUCCUCCUCCCCCACCGCCUCUGUCACCCCCACCGCACGCAGCCGCCUCCGAGAGGAGCGGAAGGACCCCCUCUCAGCGCUGGCCCGGGAGUAUGGGGGCUCCAAGAGGAACGCACUGCUCAAGUGGUGCCAGAAGAAGACUGAGGGGUACCAGAACAUCGACAUAACAAACUUCAGCAGCAGCUGGAACGACGGCCUUGCGUUCUGUGCUGUGCUCCACACCUACCUGCCUGCUCACAUCCCCUACCAGGAGCUCACAAGCCAGGACAAGAGGCGAAAUUUCACACUAGCCUUCCAGGCUGCAGAGAGUGUGGGGAUCAAGUCCACUCUGGACCUCAAUGAGAUGGCCAGUACUGAGAGACCAGACUGGCAGAGUGUGAUGACCUACGUCACAGCCAUCUACAAGUACUUUGAGACCUGAUGUGAUCUCACCACCCAACACUGCAAGCACAACCUGCAGCCCUGCUCGGAAGCUCCUCUGACCUCCCUGCACCUCCAACACUUCACCUCGACAUUCAACUCCGGUGUUAUAGCUCACUUCACUGAACCACCCUUCAUCCCAGCCGUGCCACAUGCCGGCCACUCUGUCUCUGGUCUAGAGGCCUGCUAAUUUUGAAUCGCCAUAAGAAACAUACAAAUAAGCUCACUGCGAGCUAUUCAUAAUAUUGCUAUUGUGAACAGUCUUGCCCUUUUCACUGACACCUUAAGUGUGAUGGACACACAGCUUAAGGGCACUUCAAACACCUGUUCAGGGCCUGCUCUGUUGGGGAUUCUAUUUUUACUCUGAUCCAUUACUGAAUAACCCGGCUGAGAUGACCCUUAAUCCAAAUGGUCUGGUUAAACCAGUUGGGGAACAUGCUACAGACUAUCCCAGCUUUUGUGCCUUGCACCCAGCCUUUACUCUUCUAACCAAGGGGUUAUCCAAAAUGUUUCAGCCAAACCAUACCCAUUGUGUGUAGUAUGUUCAUGGCACUUAUUUUCUAUGGAAAUAAGAGAGACAAAUGGAACACUGUCAGGCGCAGGUUCAUCUUUUAUCAUGGAUUAAGUGCCUGUUUAAAUCACAUCACUGACUUCCUAAGAAAGAAGGUUGUAGCAAAAAUGUCUAAAUGAAACUGUUUCAAUGCGCCAUGCUUUCAAAGCAUCUUUGGAGCAAUCGAAGUGAAGCUUUUUAGAAACACUAGUUAUUCAGCAGUUAUAUGAGAAACACUAGCUACAUCAUAAGGGAUAAAGCUGUCAGGUGCUCCCAUGAUCACCUGUUAGAUUCAAGCUACAAUGUUGAUGUGCUUUUGGUCUGUUUUUAGGAGCGUGAACAUUGCUACAGUAGCAUUUUGUAUUGGUAACAGAGACCAAUGAACUAUACAGGACCAACACAAUGUUUCUCCGUGACAGCUUUCUCACAUAGAACUGUCUUAAUCCUGAACCAAAAAAGGAAUGUGCUUUUUCUCUAUGUGAAAUCCAGGGUUAGACUUGCCAAAAGCCCUGCUUCUUGGUGAUUUGAUUGGACUGUUUGGCCUGGAUCUCAAGUCUCAAGGUUGGACAUUCUUCAUAGUCACUUUUGUUGUGGUCAUCAAGAUUGGGAAAGUUUUUCAACUACAAAAUGCAUCGGUUUUGCUGCUGGAACCAACUGUAUUAACAUGUUGUUAGUGUUAACACGUUACUUCCACCAACAGCAGACUGAUUUGCAUUCCAUACGUUGAACUCCCAGGAUUGUUCACAGUCCAUUGCUCUUGAACUAUAAGAUUGAUGUGUUAUUAGAUACUCUGAGCUCAACUCACAAUGGCUUUAACUAAUCGUGUGUGUGUGUGUGUGUGUGU